AUGAGUCGGUACUUGACGCCAGCGAAAGUAACCCUGCUGGUUGUGGCUCUACUCUACGCCGAAGACGUAGUCCCUACAAGUGAGGCAAAAGUGGUUCUAUCUUUCCUUGCUAGUCAAACCAUUCCGGGGAACAAAACAUACAAUGAAACAGAGACAAAUACCGAGUACGAACAUGCACUGCCGAUAUCAGUCUUUGAAUCAACACUUUCUUCGCAUCCCUCCGCGAGGCCGGGACGGUCAUUGUACGACCUUCUCUUGAAGCGACUCUGGACCAUCGAUUGUUUCCACGUCUUUGAGGCAUUCAUCACCAAUCUUCCCUGUCUACUUACCAAGACCAGGGAACAGAUCCUUCGAGAGCGAGAGACGGGAGAAGACUCAGGUGAACUUCAUGGCCGCAUUCUCCGAACUUCUCCGUUGGGUGCUUUCGUUCGUCGUUGCUAUCUGGAAUAUACCAGACUACAGUUCCAAGACAGCAUCGCUCUAUGGCAGGAUUUCCUUUCAUACAGGUUUCCCACUUGGCAAGCCUACGAAAAAAAGAACGGAUUCGAUGGAAGGGGCGCGCUCGAUGCCAACCUAGCCAGCCUUCGCAUCGAUACGUCACAUCCCCUGGCACAACUGAUGUACGGCAGCCUCAUCGAAGAUGAGCGAAACACGCACGGCGCUUUCAGCCUGUACGAUGUCGAGAAGCUGAUGGAGUUUCAAGUCUCGGAACUCCAAAGACUGGGAGGCAGGUUGCCAGACAGUAUGAAGUCGAGACUGCGGCAAAUGACCAAAGCAGGUACCGUCAUUCCCAAACUCGGUCACUAUCUGAAGUUCCUUGAUUCCUGGCGAGCCGGAGAUUAUUUCUCGGCAUUCGACAACUUGCACAGAUAUUUCGACUAUGCCAUGCAGAGCCGAGAGCGGGCUUUCUACCAAUACGCUCUGCUCAACCUUGCAAUUCUGCAGGCCGAUUUUGGCUGUUAUGCCGAAGCACUACCAGCCAUGCAAGAAGCAAUCGCAACGGCGCGUGAGAAUCGGGACGUGACCUGCUUGAACUUCUGCAUGAGCUGGAUCUAUCACUUUGGCAGGUCGUUCCCGAGCGAGGUGAAUGCUAAGGGAGGCAAUGGAAUCCUGGGAAAUGAGGUUGAAGGACUGGUGUUCUUGAAAUCAAGAGCGAAGGAUGCGGAAAUGUGGAGCCUACUCAGCACAACGCUGCUGAGCGAGGCGAAACUCGGUCUGCAGUAUGGCGACAGCCUUGCCGUUGUCUUCGAGAACAUCGCAAAGGCUUCCCAUCUGAACACGAUCCGGUCAACGCAGAGCAUCACAGGGCCAACUCUGCUGAUGAAAAGCGCAACAUAUAGCAGGGUUGGCAUUACUCACGUGGCCGGGUUGUGCGGACAGGCCUUUCUGCAGUGUCAUGUCAAGGAUGCACCGAUCGAAGACAUCCUCAAGUGCAAUUGCAGGACCGCUGGUCUACUGGUCCAACGAGGCCGGUAUCGUGACGCGGACGAGGUCCUCAAUAGCAUUCCCGACCACGUGCUGCGGGUGACAAAGUUCCAGAACUAUCUCGACUUCUACUCCGGCCUGCUGAAGAGCCGCAGGUUGUUGCACCGGGACGACCUCCAAGCUGCGGAACAUCUACUCGAUCGACUGAGAGGUCAGGGCCUGCCGGAUGCGGAAAUCGGCUUCUCCUUGUCUCUCUUGGAAAUCGAGCUUUCGAUGCGGUUGGGAAAUUACAACACUGCGCUCAAAAAUGUCGAGGCAUUGGCGCGCCGAGCGUACAACGAAAUCAGCGACAUCGCCGUGCAGACCCGGCUGCUGAACUUGAAAGCCAGGAUCCUAGCCGAUUGCGGACAUCCACUGAAAGGGUUCUCCCUCCUCAUCAAAGCAGCGCAAAUCGCACACCGUGGCAGGAUCUUGCCUUCGCUGUGGGAAUCGAUAGUCCUCCUCGCCGCACUUCUGAACGAGGCGAGAGAGUUCGCAGCCGCGGCAGAUAUGCUUGAUGCUAUCAUGCCACCGGUAUUGAAGUAUCAAGAUUGUGCUCUUACUGCUCGAGCAUAUUCGACUCUGGCCGAUACGUUCAUGGGCCUAGCUGGGUUGGAAGAGAAUAAACCCACAAAACAGAAAGAGUUCAUAAACAAGGCCAUGGAGAACAACGAGCACGCCUACAUGCAGUUCAGAUACCUCGAGGAUCUGAAAGGUCAGUUGGAAAUGCUCAAGAAGAAAGCCACAGUGCUGCACUGGAGGGGUGAUUUGGUGCUCGGAAACGAUACUGCAACGCAGUACCUUGAGUUGCAGCGGCAACAUGAGGCCGAGCGAGUGUAG